AUGCGGUUGCUGUCGCCGAGGCCACCCCCCGGCUCACCACGCUUCACAACAACAUACACAGCGCCAUCAUACACGGCGCCAUCACCGCGGGCCAUCGUCAUUCGCGAACAUGCUCUCCCCUACCUCCCGCCUGAGAUCUGGAUCAUGGUCCUCGAAGCCCUUCCGCCUUCUUUUUUCCAGCAGGACCUUGGCCGCUUAACCGUCUCCAGACGCUGGUAUAGUCUCGCCUUCCCAGCCUUCUUCACCAGGGUCGAGUACACCCCGAGAGUUAUCAGCCGACUUGUGACGCGCAAGUCCAAAAUCAUGGACAGGUCCCGCGCCAUGCUCAGGAAGAGCCAGCGCGUUGUCAACGUAGUGAUCGAGGGCAUAGGGCCGUGGUGCGACCCCAGAGACCGGUGCUAUGAUACGGCGGCCAACCUCCGCCGCUUUUGUUUGAUGCUGAUAGAGUUUAAAGAGCUCACGACCGUGUGCUUCACGGCCAGGUGGGCCAACAAGAGCUGGAAGGCAGAUCCUCUGCAGCUCGACUACCUGCCGCUCAGGACCAUCGAGCCCUACAUCAGCCUCUUGCCCCAGGUCAAGGUGCUCGACCUCGACCUCUGCGGAACCUCCGUCACCAAUGAGAUGGGAGGCCCAGUGCACUUGUGCCCCUACCUCAGACCGUUGCUCUGCAGGCUCCAUAGCCUCCGUGUCAGGAUGCGGUGCAUCUGCCUGGAUGCCGUGUGUUCGACCGACGAGGAACCCAUCUCGGUCGGCAACCUAGUCCUCGACUUGUACCUAGGCCAGGUGUCCGACGUCAACCCCAAGCUCAACUCAUCCAUGUGCUGCUUUGCCCCGAAUCCAUGGGACUGGAGCAGCCCCAUAGACGAGCUGAGGACAGAGCUGCAGAGCCUUGCAACGCGGAUGCCGUGGCCACAGCGUGCCGAGAUCGUCCAUCUUGCUCCUUCCGGUCAUGUGCACACGUGGGACGCCUUGACCGACACGUGUGUGCCAAAUCUAACAGAGGAUUCCAGGUCGUUUUCCAUGUUCAAGGAGCUAGAGUGCAACGCUUGCUUUGCUGGGAAUGACUGGCAUAUGUCCUCGCACGGAACGGCUUAA